AUGACACCAAUCCCCUGCGAGAAAAUUUUCCUCGACGCAACUCUGCACGACCUUUACGCGCCAGAUUUGGGGAAAGACGAAGAAGUCACUCUGUUUUAUUUCAACUACACCGAAGCUCUGGCGCUGAAAUAUGGCAUCUCGAAGCCUAGACGAUUCAUCUACCAGUAUGGAUCGGCUGUGAUCGAAGACGAGGCAUUUGUCAUUGGCUUGUAUUUGCAGCAGUACCCCUUACACAUGACCUUUUUCGCCGGCAAGAUGCCUGUAUAUAUGAUGGACGUGAACGACGAUGCAGGGUAUAAGGAAGAUGUGUUGCGGGUGUUUGCGCACCUUACCACAGACCAACAACCCCGGGUAUCCUUUUUCAAGGGCCCAGCCGAACCGAUCUGCUCGCCAGGAGAAAGAGUCGCCGUACUCAAUCCAACAGACUCUCUUUUGGAACUGCCACAUCUGGUGAACCCAGAUGUACAGUUUCUUCUCCAGUGCAAACGCACACUGGCGUUUUCCGGCCUUCCGACUCCCGCGACAGAGGUCAUUGAUACCCAUCUUCAACCACUCGAGGUCCAGGAUGAGGCGGUUAUCUCGAGAGAAGUGCAGCUGAUCCUCAAUCGUGUCCACCAGCGAAAGCUACCCUUUGUUCUCAAACUGCAGCAAUCUGCGGGAUCGUUGGGCACCUUCUUUUUCCGUUCUGAGAAGGAUCGUCAGCGCUGGAUACCAGAAGUGGAAGUUGAGCUCCGGCGAGCAUUGCGGCAGUUGAAUAGUUCAAACCAGAUUUUUCACCCUGCAAGCCUGGUGAUUCAGAGUUUUGUUUCUGGUGAUACCGUUGCGAUUGCCAUGUUCAUUCCCAAGCAAGGAGACCCGGUCUUUCUAGGCGGUUCUGCCCAAUUCCUCAAUGAUCAGGAACAGUGGAUAGGUGGUUCUAUAUCUUAUCGAGAACAAGACUCGAUAUCUGAGAACUACUCGCCCAUCAUGCGACAGGUUGCGCGGUUUGUACAGCAGCAUGGAUACCAUGGACCUUUCUGCAUGGAUUUGAUGACUGACAGCAACGGCAACCAUCUGGUGAUUGAUUUGAACCCACGGUGUCCUGCGGGUGCAGCACUUGGCGUGCUUCGCACCCAUUUCUCGCGACAGCGAAAUCUAGACGAAGCAGCACUUAUUAUGCCUUUAUGUGUAUCGGGGACAAGGGACAGAUUUGAAAAGGAAUUCAGUGAGCAGUGCCUAGAGGGGAGAUUGGUUAUCACAUCGUGGUGUUAUCUACGUGGGAGCAAUCGCAGUAUGGCAGGAGUGAUUUUUGCAGCGGAGACAAAGGAGAAAUUGCGAGCAUUCAUUACAAUCCUUGAGGAUUACCAAGCUAGAGUGGAAUAA